UUUAAAGAAAACUGAAGCACCUCUGCCACUUAAAACAAAAAAUGACCUAAAAUAAAGAUUAUAAAAAAGGAAGGAUGAAUGGACGGUCUUUGAUUGGCGGCACAGGUCACGCCCGUCAUGGUCCAAUUUGGAGGGACCCUUUUGGAAAUAAAGCUGGUGAGGCAGCACGCAGAGGCAUCGCCCAGCUAAGCUCGGCCCUGGCAGAUGGGGCACAAGAACAGGAGCUGGAGCAAGAAAUUGCCAUGGAAGACAGCCCCACUAUGGUUAGAGUGGACAGGGGUGAAAACCAGGGUUCGGCAAGCCGAGGGAGAAGGUGCGUCCCCAAGGUACUUGGCUAUAUCACCGGCGAUAUGAAAGAAUUUGCCAAUUGGCUUAAAGACAGACCUGUGGUGCUCCAGUUUGUGGACUGGAUCCUUCGGGGUAUAUCCCAAGUGGUGUUCGUCAGCAACCCCAUCAGCGGAAUCCUGAUUCUGGUCGGACUCCUGGUCCAGAACCCCUGGUGGGCUCUCACUGGCACUGUGGGAACAGUGGUCUCUACACUGACGGCCCUCUUGCUCAGCCAGGACAGGUCAGCAAUAGCAUCUGGGCUCCAGGGCUACAAUGCCACCCUGGUGGGAAUACUCAUGGCUGUCUUUUCAGACAAAGGAAACUAUUUCUGGUUGCUGUUAUUCCCUGUAGGUGCUAUGUCCAUGUCUUGCCCAGUUUUCACAAGCGCGUUGAAUUCCGUGUUCAGCAAAUGGGACCUCCCUGUCUUCACCCUCCCUUUCAACAUGGCGUUGUCAAUGUACCUUUCAGCCACAGGACAUUACAAUCCGUUCUUUCCAGGCAAAUUGGUCACACCUGUAACCUCGGUUCCGAAUAUCUCCUGGUCUGACCUCAAUGCCCUGGAGUUGCUGAAGUCCGUGCCAGUGGGGGUUGGGCAGAUAUAUGGCUGUGACAACCCAUGGACAGGGGGCAUUUUCGUGGGCGCCAUCCUACUCUCCUCCCCACUCAUGUGCCUGCACGCUGUCAUUGGGUCCCUACUGGGCAUAGCAGCAGGACUCAGUCUUUCAGCCCCAUUUGAGGACAUCUACUUUGGACUCUGGGGUUUCAACAGCUCCCUGGCCUGCAUUGCAAUGGGAGGAAUGUUCAUGGCACUCACCUGGCAAACCCACAUCCUGGCUCUUAGCUGCGCCCUGUUCACUGCUUACCUCGGAGUCGGCAUGGCACACCUGAUGGCCAAGGUUGGCCUGCCAGUUUGCACCUGGCCCUUCUGUUUGGCCACACUGCUGUUCCUCUUGCUGACCACCAAAAACCCCAACAUCUACCGAAUGCCCUCCAGCAAAGUCACUUAUCCUGAAGAAAACCGCAUCUUCUACCUGCAAGCCAAGAAAAGAAUGGACGAGAGCCCCUUGUGAGGGCAGUGCCCUCACGACCAUGGCCACAGUCAUUUCUGACUGGCUGCUCCAGCGGACUCCCAGGGCCUCAUGAGUAACGGCUUUUUCACUAU